AUGACGGAUGAUGCCAACACCCCUCUUGCCCUUCGUUCCUCUGGCCCUCCCCUUCUCUCCGUCCACAAUCUACACACGUACUUCCCUCAGGAAGAAGGGACGGUCAAGGCCGUCGAUGGCGUCAGCUUCGAUCUCUACCCCGGCCGCACGCUCGGUAUUGUGGGGGAAAGCGGCUGUGGAAAGAGCAUGACGGCCAGGUCGAUCUUGCGAAUUGUUGACCGCCCCGGGCGUAUUGUCGCCGGGGAGAUCCGGUUUCGCCGCCGCAAACAACUCGAUGCCAACAGCGAUGACAUGCGGGCGGUCCGCGGCGCCGAAAUCGCCCUCGUCUUCCAAGAGCCGAUGUCAUCGUUCAGUCCCGUCCAUACGAUAGGCAAUCAGAUUGUCGAAGCCAUCCUGUUGCACCAAAAGGUAAGCAAACGGCAGGCACGGGCACGCGCCAUCGAGGUGUUCCGUGACGUUGGCAUUCCCCUCCCAGAGCAGCGUCUCGACGCCUACGCGCAUCAAUUGAGCGGCGGCUUGCGUCAGCGCGCCAUGAUCGCCAUGGCCCUGGUGUGCAACCCCAGCCUGCUGAUCGCCGACGAGCCAACCACGGCGCUGGACGUCACAACCCAGGCGCAGAUUCUGGAUCUCUUGCGCCACCUGCAACAAGAAUACGGUAUGGCCAUCAUGCUCAUUACCCAUGACCUCGGGGUCAUCGCUGAAAUGGCGGAUGACGUCGUGGUGAUGUAUCUCGGGCGCGUUGUCGAACACGCACCGGUGGACGAACUCUUCCACGCCCCCAAACAUCCUUACACGCAAGCCCUGCUACGCUCGAUUCCCCAUAUCCGCUCCCGCCCGCGUGAGCGCCUGGCAUCUGUCGCCGGGUCCGUGCCGCAUCCGUACAACCGCCCGACCGGGUGUCCGUUUCACCCACGUUGUCCACAUGCAAUUGAGGUUUGCCGUACGCAGGCGCCGACGUGGGAAGAGGUCGCACCGCAGCAUUUUGCGCGUUGUCACCGCGCCCACGAGUUGCAGCUCAUAGGUGUGGAAGAAGUCGCCAGGACCACCUAA